AGGGUUGUCCAUUUAUUUCUUCAUGCGAUAUUUCUGGAAUGUUUUUUGCUUGGUAAAUCAACUAUUUUGAGUACUGGAGAGAUGAUUUAUCCAUUUAACUUAUUAAAAAUUUCCAUCUCAGAUUGGCUAUUUGCUCGUAUAUUAGAUUCAUCUGGAAAUGGAAGAACAAUUCAUACUCCGAGUUCCACCUUCUGUUGCUGAGAGAAUAGACCGCCUUCUGAAUGAAAAUGCAUCAUCAUCCGAGGAUAAUUCAUUGGAUUUGUCCUUCUCUGAGGAUGGAAGGAGUGGAUCUUUUGUCAUAGGCAAUGACCGUUUCCCUGCUUCUCUCCUGGAUCUUCCCUGCGUUGUGGAAUCAUAUAAAACUUAUGAUGAUAAUGUGCUAAUCAAAACAUCAGACAUUGGUCAGAUAAUUAUGAUAAGAGAAGAGGGUGAUACUACUCCAGAUGAUGUAGAGUACAGACAUGGCCUCACUCCUCCGAUGAGAGAUGCUCGACGGCGGCGCUUUCGUAGGGAACCAGAUCUAAAUCCAGAGCUGGUUCAACGGGUUGAGAAGGAUCUGGUGAACAUUAUGGCUGGUGGAACAGCGGAGAAUGUAGAUAUCCUUUGUGUUAGUUCACAUGCCGGAGCAGCAGAACAUGAAGAUGCUGUCGACAAUGCACGAAAUACAGCCAAGAAAAUUGCACCUGCACCUGCUCCAAAGCCAGAUGUCCCUGAGGCUGAAAUCAAUGCUGCUGGGGAGCCUGAAAGAAGUGAAUCUGAUGAUUCUGAUGAUUCUAUGUAAACCUGGGCAAGAUUUUACAUUACAUUAUAUUUACGUCAACAAAUAUUGGUCAGCUGUCUUUGUGGGCAAGCAAAGACUAGGAAGGUGGCUUUGAUCGCAAGGCUAAGCUUAUAUAGAAUAAUAUACUGCUUGUAUGGAGUACAUAGUCUUCAAAUUCCAGGUA